AUGCGUAGUACCGCAUCUAGUACAAGUACGCCUAUUGGUGAGAGUAAUACACCAACGGGAAAUGGAGAUACAAAACUAACUAAAGAGGUGACGCUCAAUGACAAGGACAUCGAUGAUGACGAUGACGCAGACGAAGAGGAGGAGGAUGAGGACUACGAUCCAACGAAAAAGGAAGAUGCUGAAGCCACCGAUGACGACGAUGAUGCAGAUCUAGGGGAUGAUGAUGGAAAAAUACCCGAUUUUUCCAAAAUAGAAUCUAGUGUUUCACAAGUUAAAACGCGAUCGCAAAGACUACAUGCUAAACAACAGAAGCAAGCCAAAUAUAUUGGAAAUUUUGAGACUGACUCACGUGGAUUAGUCAAAGAGACAUGUUCACUCGAUAUAAACCUGAUUUUCAACGAUUUAAAAGAAAAUAAAGUUGACAUUCAUGAGGAAUUGGAAUUAGAGACAUCACAACUAAACGACUCGGAAGCACAAAAGCAACAGAAAGAAGCAGAAGCAGUAACCGCCAACCCCACUGAUGGGCAACAAAUCCGCAUUCAAAUUAAUUAUACAUUUGCCGGGAAACUAAUUACAGAAUCCAAAUUAGUUGAUGCCAAUUCAGAAGAAGCCAAAGCCUACCUCAACUCUACUUCCUCCAUCACAUCAGCAUCGAAUGAUAUACCGAAUAAACGUACCGAAGUUAAAGUCAUUCGGCAAGAUCCACAAACUAAAGAAAAUGUAGAACUUCGAAUCAAACUCAAAAGACCAUCAUUAAUUGAUAAGUUCAUAGAGUUAAAUGGUAAUAACAAGAAAAUGAAGUUGUCGACAUUGGAGAAAUCUCGUUUGGAUUGGGCUAGUUUCAUAGAUAAGCGAAAAAUUGGUGAUGAGUUGAAAAGGCAUAAUCGUGGAGGGUACUUGGACAAGCAAGAGUUUCUUAGCCGGGUUGAUUCAAAGAAAGAUGAGAUUUACCAAAAAGCGAAAGAGGAAGAAAGAAAAAGACAGUUUCAACUUCAGGGUAAGUAA